CCCUCUCUCCCCCGAAGCUCCAUGGGAUUUUUCGACCACCUCCAGAAAGGGGGUGCCUUCUCGCUGCAACCCAAGAAGCCUCAGAUCCGCCAAGUCGUCCAGACCCGAGCCGCCGCCCCGACAGCCUCCUCCCGCUCACCUUAUCAUUCCUCGCCGCGGACCCCGUCCACCCAGCUCAAGACUCGAGAAUCGUCGAGUCGAUCCGUCUCAAGGGACCGCAACGAUCUUGUCCCGUCUUCGUCCUCCUCGAAGCGCCGCCUGGGCACGCCCGCCCAGAGUAGUCGCAAGCGCCAGACGCCGGAAUUGCGCCUCUCCAGCGACGAUGACGCCAGCAGCGAUUCUGAUGCCUCGUCCUUCGAGAUCGGUCGGAAACGAGCCCGGACGGGGGACGAUAGCGCCGAGCCGGACCCUCAUCGGCGCGUGCGAUCCCUGAAGGCCUUCGUCGAGGAUGGUGGUGGUGGUGGGCGACGGCUCCCCAUGAUCCAUGCCGCCGAGAUCACGUCGUCUCAGAAAGAAGGGAAUUUUAAGCCCGCGUUUGGAGAGGCGAGACCGCUGCCGGAGAUUUUCUUGCAGUAUCCGAGUAAUUCGCCGAAGGAACGGUAUAAUCUUGUUGUUCCGCGCGAUAAUGACGAUUUCAAACCCAUCGACGAUAUCGUUCAAGUCGUCGAGAUUGUUGCUCAGAAUUUCAUCCCGGAGGAUGAGUUGGACCAGUUUGAUGAUGAGACGAAUGGCAUCCGGCGCAGGUUACGACGCGCUCUGGCGCAGUCAUCCGAAACACAGUUCCGUGAAACGGUGGCCGACUACAAUCACGCGAUCGAACGGUUGAGGCGCAAUGGGAGCAUUGCCAAGAAACUGGAUUCGAUCGGCCGCCUCAGCUUGCCGCUGGUGGAGAGGAUCCUGAACCAGAUAUACUCGCGGACGGUCUCGCCCCGGGUCGAAUCGCUCCGCCAGUAUGAGAACGGGACGGACAACGUGUACGGGGAGCUCCUCCCGCGGUUCAUCAGCACUAUUUUCAAAGAGACCGGUCUGAAAUCGGGCCAAGUCUUUGUGGACUUGGGCUCCGGCGUCGGGAACGUGGUUCUGCAGGCGGCGCUGGAGAUUGGCUGCGAGAGCUGGGGCUGCGAGAUGAUGCAGAAUGCCUGUGAGCUCGCCGAGCUCCAGCAGGCGGAGUUCCGCGCACGAUGCCGCCUCUGGGGUAUCGCCCCCGGGAAAACGCAUCUGAUUCGCGGCGAUUUCCUGAAGCAGCAGAGCAUCGUCGAUGUGCUGAAGCGCGCGGACGUCGUCCUGAUCAACAACCAGGCGUUCACCCCGCAGUUGAACAACGAGCUGAUUAACCAUUUCCUGGACAUGAAGGAGGGCUGUCAGAUUGUUUCGCUCAAGUCGUUCGUCCCCGCGGGCCACAAGAUCCAAGCCCGCAACCUCAAUUCGCCCGUCAAUUUGCUCACGGUCAAACAGCGCAAUUAUUGGUCCAAUAGCGUGAGCUGGACCGACGUUGGAGGCACCUAUUUCAUUGCCAGGAAGGAUAGUUCCCGGCUUAAGGCCUUUGCCGAAAGCCAAGGGUUAUGAAACUUGAAGCCUUUUUUUCUCCCUUCUUCUUUUCUUGUCGGUGCCACAAACGGUGCAUGCAUGAUUGUCACGGCAACUUUUGGGUAACGACCGCGACGAUUGGAUUCGAUUCAUUAUACCAUUUCCCCAUUCUUGUGUAUCGAUGGUCCCUGGACACCCAUGAUAUAUAUGUUUCUGUUUUUCAUUCUUCUCUUUUUCACAUAUCCAAUCUCCAUUUUCAUAGGGCUGUGGAUAGCUCCCUAGGCCUUUUUUGAGGGGGACACCGCCGCGGGCUCAAGGCAUGAUACCACAUUUUCUUUAGAACAGGCAUCUAUACAUAUCAGCGCGUUGCUAUUCUUAUACAGAUUAGUUUCUGCUCUCGAGGUACAGGGUUGAGCCCUUUAGCUGCUAGGCAGCUGGCAACGAAGGGUUCCGCGAGACUAC